CUCACAGUUCUCACUGCAACAGCUGAAGCUUCCUAUCAAUCCGGUAACAAGCCGACAAUCCCGUCAUGAACUUCAACAAGAUCUUCGUCUUCGUGGCCCUCAUCCUGGCCAUCAGCCUGGGAAAUUCGGAGGCUGGUUGGCUUAGGAAGCUGGGCAAGAAAAUCGAGCGCAUUGGCCAACACACCCGGGAUGCCACAAUUCAGGUCCUCGGAAUCGCCCAACAAGCCGCCAAUGUUGCAGCCACCGCUCGAGGUUGAAACCAAGCUCAAACCGCUCUUGGCCAGCUCAUUUCUCUAAUUUAUUACUAAUUCACUGCAAGUCAUUAGAAAAAUUAAGAUGCACAACGUUAAUAUUUAAUGCCGAUGUCAAAUUAUUACAAUCUAAUUAAGCGAACAUUAAUAAAAAGAAAAAAACAGAGUAAUUAAAUGGUGAUAAC